UACCCACAAAAAGAUACUUUAUCGUAGCACUGAUUACUGGCCACUUUCAAUACAGCUGUACAGCAACGCCCGUAUAAAAGACCCAACGCACCGCUGGACAGCAUUCAGUAGCUAUCUAGCAGUCUGACAAGAAGUGCAAGAUGAGAUUUCUGAUCGCUUUCGCCGCCGUCCUCGGCUACGCCUCGGCCUCGGCCAUCCUGCCCCUCGCACAUCUCGGCAUCAACGCCGGCGACGCGCAAGCGGCCGCCAUCGACGCUACCGUCGCCGCGCAGGACCAUGCGCGCGCGGCGAUAGAAGGCAACCUGAGGGCCAACGAGGCCGCUGUACAGUGGAACACUGAGGCCGUCCGCCAGGCGGCUGAGGCCUCUAGGGACAUCAAUGAGAACGCUUACUGGAAUGGCGUCGCCGCUUCCCAGAACGUCGUAGCCGCCGCCCAAUCGCAAGCAGCCGCCCUGAACGGCAUCGCCGCCGCCCGCGCCGGUCUGUGGGGCGCCCACGUCGCGCCCGUCGGCCCCGUCGCCGCCUGGGGCGCCCCCCUCCUCCACGGUGGUCUGGGCAUCCAUGGCGCCGCUCUGCGCGCGUGGUAAAACAACUGACGGUGUACCUAACCAGGGAAAUUGCCUUGGGAUGUUUUUUUUAAACAUUCUAAAGGAUUUGUCAACUGAAAGAAUUUUAUAAAGCUCAUUCCACAUCGCUGUAGGAUACAUCAUAUAGUUUAUGUGAUUGCUACAUAAGUAAAGGCAUUAAAAUACGAGUGUGGGUUUAUGAAACAAGCGAUGUGAAUUUCAUAAAGGGACCACACGAGUGUUUUAAUGCCUAAUUAUGUUUAGGCCUUCGACACACUCGAAAAUCUCAAUGCAUUAGCGAUAUAGUCAUUUAGAUACGUGGCUGUCAAUGGCGCGGUUAUAUCGCAAUAAAAAUCACAAUAUAUAAAGGCUUUUAUAGCUUAUUCCUGAUCAAAUUAUGGUGUGUUUAUAGCGGAGCUCAAAACUGAACUCUAAUAGCAAUUUUAUAAAGUUCAAAUCAUUGUAAACUACACCAUAUUCGCAAUUUGAGUACUAGUCCCAUCUUUGCUUAAACCGGACUAUGGUGAGUCUAUAUGUAGAAUAUACUUUAUAUCAAUGUGUAUAAGGUUCAUGUUUCUCUGGUUAGUUAUACGUGCGAACUGGAUCUGAUAGGAAACAAUGAUGCUCAACGGAAAACAAACGGUCUCAUUUAGUAACUCUCUUUGUAGAUACCAUAAUGCCAUCACUGCCAAAGUGUAAAUAAAUACACAUUUUUAAGACGA